AUGCCUAUUUCUGAGGCAGACCGAGUGAAGAUCGAAGAGUUACGCGCCUUAGUCAAGGAACAUUUAACGCCAUACUACGACACCGAUUUCAAUCUUCUUCGUUGGCUAAAAGGACAUGACUAUAACAUGGAUCUGAUCAAACCGAAACUAAUCAAUCAUUUGAUGUUGAGGAAAGGUGUAUGGGAUCUUGACAAUCUUCCCGACAAACCAAGGAAUCAUCCUGUUCAUGAGCACUGGAAGAGUGGUUUGACAGGAGAAGCUGUUAGGACACCGAACUGUAUAGUUAACAUCGAACAAACUGGUGGUAAUGACUACUGGGGUAUGUCGAACGCGCAUCCAAUUAAUGAAAUCCUAAAGGCAAGGAUGCACGAUUUGGAAAGUAUGUUGCGAGCUGUAAUGGAACUAGAAAAGAAGACAGGAGAACAAUGCGCCAUACUGUAUGUAAUGGAUUUGACAGGUUUAAAAAUGGACAGAAGGCUAAUGACGCUUGUCACAGGUGGUCUUGCUGCGAUUUCAGCAUUUAUGGCUGAGCAUUAUGUGGAGAUGGUGCACAGUUUUGUCGUGGUCAAUGUUCCGAGUUUUAUUAGUGCAAUAUGGACCGUCGCUCGCCCACUAUUGCCCGAAAAAACACGACACAAAGUGAAUAUACUCGGUUCUAAUUGGAAACAGGACAUAAUGGAUUUAGUAGAUCCAUCUUGUUUGCCAACAUACUGGAACGAGGACGAUUUAGACGGGCCUUUUCUUGCACCAGUUGAGCGCGGACUGGAGUACUCUGCAGAUGAGUACUAUGAUCAGCCAGUUCCAGAAAAUGCUCAAACUCUGCAUAUUCCGGCUGGAAAAAGUGGACACGUUGAUGUGGAGGCAAAGAAGGAUACAUAUCUUUCAUGGGAAAUCCACGCCAAUGGACAUUUUGCUUGGACUAUAUGUGAAGUUGAUAAGGAAAAAGAUGUGGACGAUCUCACCCAGAUGAAAAAAGUUUAUCCUUUCUUCAGUAAAAUACCGGGACCUACCAUGGUACCGAUGAUGGACAAGAUGCAAGUGCCAAAGACGGGAAUAUAUCGAUUUUGGUUCGGGAAUCAUCACGCUUGGUUUCAUACUCUCAAAAUUCAAUAUGUCAUCGAGAACACUACCUAA